GGCCCGCGUACGGCAAAAAAAAAAAAAAAAGAAGAACACAUAAUCAAGAGUAUAUUGGGAGACGGAAACAGAUUCUUUUUGAUUAUCCCCUACUGUUAAUAGAGAGAAAAAUGUCUUCAGAUAACCAGUGCUCAGCAGAUGAGGACGAAGGCCAGUUAUCCCGACUGAUCAGGAAAUCUAGAGAUUCCCCCUUUGUCCCUGCAGGGAUAGCAGGCUUUACGACUGUGGGGUCCUAUGGUCUUUACAAGUUAAAAUACAGAAGAGAUCAGAAAAUGGCCAUUCAUCUUAUUGACAUGAGAGUUGCUGCCCAAGGAUUUGUUGUUAAGAGCUGGACUUUGGGUGUUCUCUAUUCUGUGUAUAAGGAUUACAUUAGACCUCGAUCCUUUAAUGUGUCCAAAAAAUGAACCUUCAGACAAGAAAAACAAGAAGCCUUCUGAAAACUUUAUUAUGAAGAAUUUUUAAUAUGUAGCAAAUUAUACUGCAGAAGUUUCAGCCGGAAUUCUCAUAGACUUCAGCUGUUUAAGAAGUUGAUUUCCAAAUCAACAAUCAUAGUCAGCUCAAAAAUAUCUUUCUUGAUGUCUUUCAAAAGCUAGGCCAUGAUUUUCUGACUUUUAAAAUUUUUAUUUUCUAGUUAGUGGCAGAAAAUAAUCUAUAUUAUGCCAAAUCAAUCUGAAAAUUAGGAGUUAUAUAGUGGCUACAGAAAAAUUUUCUCUAUCCAUAUUAAAUACGAUGCUCUAUUCAUAGCUUGAUUCUCCACAAACAGGGCAAGGUAAUUAAGGCUUUCAUAACCUCCUUUUUAGAAUGGGCAAAAAUUACAUCAGAGGAGAAUGGCCAUGUUGUUAUUUAAAUCUGGUUCACCACUGUGCACCUCACCCUUAUAUAAAAACUUGACUAUUUUAGCACAAAUGUAAAGGUCUUAACAUUUAAAUAUUUGUGUAUUCAUUUUUAUACUUCUUGAAAGUAUUUCUAGGAGUACAAAGGUAAAUUGCUAAAAAAAAUCCCUUUUCCCUCAGAUGGCAGUAUGGAGGGAAAAAAGGAUUUAGUCCAGAAGUGCUACUGCUAAUCUGGUAUGACACUGUAGAAAACACAAGAAAUAAAGAAUAUAUUAAAUGUUAAGUAUACCUGUGGCAUCAAACUCCUCUGUAAUUGCCCUAGGGUUCUAAAAACUAAGCUAGGGCUUCCCUGGUGGUGCAGUGGUUUAGAGUCUGCCUGCCGAUGCAGGGGACACGGGUUCGUGCCCCGGUCUGGGAA